GACUCUGCCCUGCCCGCAGUUGUGGACAAAGAUAGGGCACGAGAGCAACAUCUUUGGUUGUGGACCUUUUCCCGGAGACAAUGUCAGCGCUCAUCAGGCGGAUCAUCAGCACCGCCAAAGCACCAGGAGCUAUCGGCCCUUACAGGAACCGUAAGCAGAAGCGAUUUCAACCAUGGCUGUGACUCGAGCUUUCAUUUAUUCUCCUAAAGCCCCGGUUAGACUUGGAAUUUACAGCCAAGCUGUGGUGGUGGAUCGAACUAUGUACAUUUCUGGGCAAUUGGGGCUAGAUCCUGCAACUGGGCAGCUUGUAACUGGAGGAACAUCACAGGAAGCCAAGCAGGCUCUCAUCAACAUGGGAGAAAUCCUGAAGGCUGCAAACUGUGACUAUAACCAUGUUAUAAAAACAACUGUUCUGCUGGCAGACAUCAAUGACUUCAACUGUGUUAAUGAAGUUUACAAGCAAUAUUUUAAAAGCAACUUCCCGGCCAGAGCAGCCUAUCAGGUUGCUGCAUUGCCACGGGGGGGUCGCGUUGAGAUUGAAGCUGUGGCGAUUUUGGGACCCAUCGUGAACGCAACCUUAGAACAAAAAUUAUAAACCAGGAUCAAUACUUUGGGAAUCCAAUACACACACAAGAAGGCACUACUUGAGACAUUAUUGCUGCCAUGCAUUCACUGCAUCGAUGAAUAAUGCAAUAAAAUAUUUUUUCUGGUA